GCAUGCGCAGAUGCCCACUAUUGAAGUUCCGUUCACUUCCUUCCCUUUCCUUCCAGAAAGAGCGUGGUGAAGAUGGCGGCGCAAAACUCCAUGCCGAGUGAUCUUUACAGAAGCGUAUAUUCGUUCCUGCUGGAGAACAAGUUCACAAAGGCCGCCCAGCAGUUUCUGAAACAGACUAAAGUGACUCCACAAGAUCCAAAUGAAGAGAGCCUCGUCAACAUCUACAACUUCUGGGUGAAGUCUCCUGAAGCCAAGAAACGAAAGGCGCCUCCUAACAAGGCUGACGCAAACGGUCCAGCAGCCAAGAAAGCAAAAACCAGUGCAGAGAGCUCCAGCAGCGAAGAGUCGAGCAGCGAGGAUGAAGAAGCUGUUGCCAAACCAACUAAGGCAGCCUCUGCAGCAGCUAAGGUUGUGCCAGCUCAAGCAGCAGCAGCAGCAGCUACCAAAGCUGCAUCCAGCACCAGUGAAGACUCCAGUGACUCUGAGUAUGAGAAGGCACCUGCAAAGGCACCUGCAAAGGCUCCUGUGAAGUCGCCUGCUGCUCCCGCUGCAGGAAGGAAGAAAGACAGCAGCUCUAGCAGUGAAGAAUCUGAGGAUGAGCCGCCCGCUAAAGCUCCCACACCAAAACCCAAGGCUGGUGCAGUUACAGCACCCAAACCAGCUGUUCCUGCUAAAGCUCCAGCUCAGAAAAAGCAGGAGAGCAGCAGCAGUGAAGAGAGCUCCUCAGAAUCUGAAGAUGAGAAGCCAGCCAAGGCUCCAGCCAAACCUGCCCCAGGGAAGACCGCUCCAGCCGCUGCUGCUAAAUCGAGCAGCGAAGACUCUUCAUCUGAAGACGAGGCUCCACCCAGAAAGAAACCCAAAGCAGGAACGUACAGCGCAGUCCCACCUCCCGCUUCAGUCCAGAAAGCUCCAGCAGCCAGUAAGGCCCAGGACAGUGACUCUUCAGACAGCAGUGAUGAGGAAGAAGAGAAGAAAGUAUCUGCCAAACCUGCACCGGUAAAAACAACUGCUGCCAAACCGGAUGUGCCCAAAUCCGCUGCCAAGAAGCAGGAGUCCAGCUCUGAGAGCUCAGAUUCAAGCUCAGAUGAAGAGGAGGCAAAGAAGCCUGCCCCAAAGGGGACUCCCGCUAAGGCUGCUCUAGCUAAACCAGUUCCAGCUAAAGUCCCACCUGCUCAAGAAGACACUUCAGAGGAUUCCAGCUCCGAGGAGGAGACGGCAAAGAAGCCCGUUGCUAAACCUGCGCCGGCCAAGACUACCCCUGCUAAAAAAGACGAGUCCUCAAGCUCAGAUAGCAGCUCUGAAGAUGAGGCUCCAGCAAAACCUGCCACUAAAACGGCAGCCAUACCGACACCCGCUGCUGCCUCUAAACCACCAGCCAAGCCCGCUGAGAGCAGCUCUGAUUCUGAAGACUCUGAGGAUGAAGAAGAACCGGUGAAAGCUAAGCCAGCAGCUAAGCCGGCCACCCGAGCCUCAAAGCCUGCUACUCCCACAGCAAAGCCUGCAGCAGCAGAGAGCAGCUCAGACGCUGACUCCUCCUCAGAAGAAGAGAAACCAGCUGUCAAGGCUAAACCCGCAGCCGCUAAACCCGCAACCACUAAACCCGCAGCAGCAGAAAGCAGCUCAGACUCUGACUCCUCUUCAGAAGAUGAAAAACCAGCUGUCAAGGCUAAACCUGCUGCCGCUAAACCUGCGCCAAAGCCUGCUACCCCUGUAGCUAAGCCUGCUACCCCUGUAGCUAAGCCUGCUGCUGCAGAGAGCAGCUCAGACUCUGACUCCUCUGAGGAUGAGGAAGAACCAGUGAAAGUCAAGACAGCAGCAGCUAAACCUGCGUCAAAGCCUGCUACCCCUGUAGCUAAGCCUGCUGCUGCUGCAGAGAACAGCUCCUCCUCCUCCUCCUCAGAAGAAGAUGAGGAACCAGCAGUCAAGGCUAAAUCUGCAGCUGCUAAACCAACCACGCCUGUAGCAAAGCCUGCUGCAGCAGAAAGCAGCUCAGACUCUGACUCCUCCUCAGAAGAUGAAGAACCAGCUGUCAAGGCAAAGCCUGCUACCCCUGGGGCAAAGCCUGCUACCCCUGGGGCAAAGCCUGCUACCCCUGGGGCAAAGCCUGCUACCCCUGGGGUAAAGCCCGCUACCCCUGGGGCAAAGCCUGCUGCAGCAGCAGAGAGCAGCUCAGACUCUGACUCCUCUGAGGAUGAGGAAAAACCAGUGAAAGCCAAGCCAGCUGCAGCUAAACCAGUUACCCCAGUUACAAAGCCUGCUGCAAAGCCUAAGGUGGCUGCAGACGACACCUCUGAUUCGGACAGCUCAGACUCUGAGAAUGAGACGGCCAAACCUGCAGUCAAGAAAGCGACUCCAGCAGCAGCGGCAGCUCCAACAAAGAAAGCUAAGGAGAGCAGCUCUGACUCCUCGGACAGCUCUGAUUCAGAGACCGAGACAAAGUCCACCCCUGCUAAGCCUGCAGUCACCAAUGGCAAGGCAGCGACACCCAAGACCCCAGCAAAGCCCGCGGACUCGUCAUCCAGCGACAGCAGCUCUGAGGAGGAGGAAGAGGCCAGUAAAAGUAGUGUAAAACCGGCUACACCUGCCGCUACAGCAAAGACAACCCCAGCAGCUAAACCUAAAGAGAGCAGCAGCAGUUCCUCAGACAGCUCAUCAGAGGAGGAGGGAGCGCCACGCAAAGCAGCCACGGCUCCCACCACGCCCUCUAACGGUACAAAUACAAAAAUAGAGUCCGAAAAUGAAGAGGAAGAGACAGAAGUGAAGACACCAAAAAACAAGAAAGUAACGACCACACCACAGACGUUUCCUAAAGCUAAUAAGUCUGCCAACGUACCCUUCCGUAGAAUUAGAGAGGAAGAAGUAUCAGUGGAUCCCCGUCUUACAGACAACUCUUUUGAUGCGAAGUUCGGAGCCAACGGGGACUGGGGCCAGAAAGCCAACGAUGUGCUCAGGUUCACAAAAGGCAAGUCAUUCCGCCAUGAAAAGACGAAAAAGAAGAGGGGGAGCUACCGCGGCGGAGCCAUCUCCACCAAUGUCAACUCCAUUAAGUUUGACAGUGACUAAGAACCUUCCCACUCUCAUCUCUCCCACCUGAACUUAACUGUAUCCCUGCGAUCGGGACUUUACGUUCUCGGCUUCCUCCCCCGGUAAACGGUCUCUUUAUCAUCACUACCCAGGAGCACACUGACAGGAAUGUGAGCCACAUGUAGUCCGCUGCCCUUAGUUUCUGAUGGAGAGCAUUAGUUUGAUCUCAGAGCUGAAGCAACAGCUAGUGGAGCAGCAGCAGUAGCAGCAGAGAGAUGUUCCCAGCUGGGAAUCAGACUCUGCUGCUAAAGGCUGAGCUCCAUGUGACUUUAUUACCACGUAUAGCCACUAGGUGGCUGCAGGCCAUCUGUUAAUGGUAAACCACCAAUGUGUGUGUUGGGUCCCUUAUUUUUUAUUUUUUUUGUGCUUAUUUUGACUUCAUUCUCAAAUGAGGACUAUCUGUUCUUUGUACCAAUUUCCCGAUGUAUCUAUAUAUGAAUGACAGCCAUCCCUCCCAACAGAUCCUUUAUAAUGUGCUAAGAAAAGUCUGGUUUUGAUUUUUAAUGCAUCACAUGGCUUCUUGAAUUUUGUUUGUCAGUUUUUAUUUGGCCACAUUUAAAAUGGGAAAGGGUGUGCGCUCGGGUUACAUUACACACACAUUUGAAGAGUAGAACUGAGUUUUAUACUGUGUAUUUAUUUAGUUGUAUUCCAUAGCCGUGUUAAGGACCAUGACAUGCCAUUCUCAAGCCAUCUUGUUUUGAACCUAUUUCUUCUGUUAGAUACCCCCGUUACCCUCCUGCAUCUGUUCAUCAGCGGUAUGAAAUUAAUGUUUAACAAACAGAGCCCUGUUUGUUUCAAUCAUUUGAAUUUACUGUAUCAAGUGUUGUGAACCGGUUUUGUUUUUUUAAUUAAUACUUGUAGCGAUUUAUUAAAGACCUAAAAUAUUAGAGGUUGUGUGAUGUAAUCAUGACUUUGAGCCAUUUUCUUUUCCUACUCUUUACUAUGAUACUGACACUUGACUCCUAAUUAGUCCCCAGUGUCUCUUACAUGCAGAAAUGUUUUUAGCAGUCCUUACAAAUUGGAAGCAGAUUUGUCGUAACGUUACAAAUUCUGCAUGCCUACAGUCAUUAGCUGUUUUGUAUGUAACAAUCAAGCUGUCAAAUCCAUUAUGUAUCUGCUUUUUAUCUGAAAUUAAAGAAUUGGGGAAUUGGA